AUCAAUGCAUUAGAAAGGAUUACUCAAAAUCGCACAGCACAAAGUGCAGAUGUAUGACAAAGAAGGGCGUUUAGGACAAUUUACAAAGUCUGCGAUGGUGAAAUCUGUAUAAACAUGAGACGAACAGGUGUCUCCUUAAAGAAUGUACAAAGGAUUUGUUCUCUCUCUCCCCCCCAUACAAAAAGUUAUGAGAUACGCAAUUCACUUGGCAGACUAUUUAUUCACAGUUAAACUCCAAACAAAAUCUGCAGAACAGAAAGAUGGAUAGGAGCAUGCAACCUACAUCAGGUAAUGCAAACAGAAGAAGGUUCAGUGAUGAGCAAAUUAAAUUCCUGGAAUUCAUGUUUGAGGCAGAAUCAAGACCAGAGGCACAAAUAAAACAGCAGCUUGCUAAUGAGCUUGGGCUACAGCCUAGACAGGUAUCCAUCUGGUUUCAGAAUAGAAGGGCUAGAUUGAAAACUAAGCAAGUUGAGAGAGAGUACAAUAGGCUCAAAGCAAGUCAUGAUGCUCUUGCUUCACGCUUGGAGUCUUUGAAAAGAGAGAAUCAGUCAUUGCUCAUCCAGCUAAAGAAACUAAAGAACGUUCAAGCAAGGCAACAGGAAAACAAAAUUUGUGGGUUGGAACAAACUGAAAGUUGCAAGGAACAGAGACCUGAGAACAGGGGACCCAGCUCAGAUUCCAAAGAAAAGCUUGGCCAGCUAUUUGCAGGAUGUAGCUGCAAAGAAGAGACUAUUUCAAGCAAAGAAGAGACUCGUUCAAGCAAAGAAGAGACUCUUUCAAGCAAUCAGGACAGCAGAAAUAUUGGCUGCAGUAGGGAAGGAACUAAGAUUUUAAACCAUCUGACUGAAAGCAAAGAUGGUUCCAUGACCUCAUCUGACUGGCAUCGUUUUGCGUCAAAUUAUCUUCUUGAUGAGUCAACCUGUAGUUCACAAUGGUGGGAGUUCUUGUCUUGAGCAACACAAUUAUUGCUUAAAUUUAAUGAAUGAAAUGAAAAAACAAAAAAACUUCAAUAUAUGUACAUAUUUUGUGACAAUUUUCAACUUCAAAAUAAAGAUCACAUAAAUUUGGAUGGAA